CGAUACGUUGACCCGUUCUCAAGUGUCGAGUGUUCGCAACACGUUGCUUAAUAGGAUUUUCUUCUCAAAGGUUAUUGCUUCCUGGGACAAUAACAAGGUGUCCGGAUAAGCGAAUUCCGCAAGAUGACUGACCCGGAGCACGAUGGAAUUAUCGUCGAGGACCCGAGGUCGCCGGACCAAACGCGAUUAAAUAAAAACCUCUGAACGAGGAAGUACCCUCUCUGUAAUUACGAGACGUCGAGGAGUGGGUGGACCGGGGCGAAUUCGAACGACGGGGUCGGCGAGAGGAUCAGUGAAAUGCACGGUCUGCCGUGAAAAUGCUGGUCGACGACUGCGGCAGCGGGAUGGGGUGGACCUCGGCCAGCGUUCGCGGCGGUUGGUCCACCCCUGGAGGGUGCAGAAAUUCCGCGAUGAGCUUCGGGGGUAGCGUGCCCUCGCUGCACGCUGCCGGUUCGACAAGAUCGCUGCGAUCCCAGCACUCCAUGCAGGGCGUGCCGGAGACACCGCGAAGAUGCAUACACUGCCACCCGGUACACGUGCCGAGCACCCCGAACAAUUACAUCCACCACCCUAUGCAGUAUUACACGCCGAGUCAUUGCCCCGAGCCGAGGAACGGCGUCUACACUCCACACCGGGGCAGCUCUUAUCACGGCGACACUCGGAUGCGUUACAUGGACCCCGAAGGGAGCCUAGUCGGCAACAAUAAUUGGGUGCUCGGAGACUUGAGGAGCCUCCAUCGCAGCGUGCCGGCUUUUCGUCGGCCAGGCAUAGACGUCGCCGGCAUGCGGACGCAUUUCUAUCCGGAGGGAGGUUGGGGGUGGCUGGUCUGCGCAGCCGGGUUUCUCGCCCUGUUGCUCACCACGGGAAUGCAGCUUGCUUUCGGGCUUCUUCACGUUCACGCCGCUCGACACUUCGGCGAGGAACACCACAUGGAUCUGGCGUGGGUGGGGGCAUUGAGUGCUGCGGUUUCCCGUGGUUCGGCUCCAUUGGUCGUCGGCGCGUGUCGUCGAGGAAGUACCAGGCUCACGGCAGUGAUUGGAGGUCUCGUGCUGGCAUUGGCGUCGCUCUUCACCUCGUUCGCCGUCGAGGUGCACCAGGUACUCCUCAGCUACGGUCUGGUGCUGGGUACCGGGGCUGGCCUCGUGAGGGAAACUGCCGGUCUGGUGUUGGGCCAUUACUUCCGAAAACGACGAGAGUUCGUCGAGAUGGUGGUGCAAGCCGGCGCGGGAGUGGGAAUCGUACUCUUCAGCGUCUUCUACAGAGAGGCAGUCGGAAAGCUGGGCUGGGAACGUGGCAUGCAGUCCGUAACCGGAGCUCUUUCGCUGGCCUUCUUCCUGGGCUUGAUUUACAGGAGUGCUUCCCUCUAUCAUCCCCAACGACGGGCCAUAUUACACCUGAAGAAUCAACGGGGCAAAGUGAAAGAGAAGAAGACCGCGACCAGGGUGCCCAGGCAGCCGUGGGUGGAUCUCAGCCCUCUGGGAAGUCGUCCUGUCAGGAUGCUAAUGCUGGCCGCUGGAGCCGCUGGUUUCGGCCUUUAUACUCCUGCAUUUUACAUCGCUGUGCAGGGGCACAAAGACGGCUUGGAGGCCAGUGCUGUGGUACUCCUGCAGACUUGCUUGGGCUUGGCAGCGGCGCUCGGCUGUGCGGCUUGGGGGGUUGUUACCGCCAGACCAUCUGCCCAAUGUCUGGUGUCCAGGCAAUAUCUCUGCCAGGCGGCACUGCUAGGAGUCGCCAUAGCACAGGUGGCGUUGGGCAGUGUACAGGGUUAUCACGGACUGGUCCUGGCGUCCGGUCUCUACGGCGCCUCCCUUGGCGGCGCUCUUUAUUCUUUAAAAAUGCUGGCCCUCGAAAGACUGAGGGCGAGACACUUCGCACGGUCCUGGGCUCUCGUACAGGCCGCGGAAGCUCUACCUAUUCUUCUCGGAGUUCCUCUUACCGGUUACAUGAACGCGAACAGCCCGAGGAUGGGUUACUACGCGUGCACGUUAAGUUCCUUGUGCGGUGCAGCGUUACUCUUCCUGGUCGGUUGGGGCCGGCAACCCUCGUCCCCGGUUCUACCCGGGUCUCAUCUAGGUACAGGGCUCGUCCCGCCGCCGUGCGCCUGUCCCCCGCCCCCCAGACCCCGGCUACCCAAGUCCCAAUCCCUCCACGUGCCGCUGGACAUAGAGGAGAACCUGCGCGAGAGAGAAAUGGAGAGGAUGCAACACACUGCCCCCGAGCACUACUAUCAGCCGCAGUUCUACGGUCCCCUGAGACCCAGCAAGAGCGUACCCGAGGGUCUGAGCCACCAGAACUCCUACAGGAACCGACCUCGACGGCAUCGCGACGUCACGGUCAUCGAACAGAUCACCACCAGCGUCUAAGGUUCUCGAGCGGACUCGAAGGAACAGAUUCGAAUUUGGGAAGUUCUCAGGACGACGGUUGAAACUGUCAUCGGAGACUCAACUCCCGAAGUUGUUGAUACGUUGUUGAGAUAUCGAGGGUAUUGUUUGAUAAUGUAAAGGAGAAUAUACGGAGAGUAAUUGUCGAGCAUCGCGAAGCGGAUGUUUGAUGAUGGAACUUCAUACAUCCGCGUUGCAACCCUUCGUGGUUGGCGACACGCCUCGAACCGCGACCAUUCGGAAGAACGAACAGGGGGGAUCGAAACGGAGCUUGAAUCAAAAAGAAGAACUCGACGUAAAACUAUUUUUUAUCGAUAUCGUUCGUAAAGCUUGCGAUUCGACGUCGCGAAGCAAGGAACGCCGAGUGGUACGCGUGCUUGGAGAAGUUCCUCGCGUUCUAAUUUGCGUCGUGCGCGACGUUGGUGUAGGACGAUUAUCGGUCGAAAAGCAAGCUCGCUUCGCGGCGGUUAAUCGAGGCAAUCUUUUGUGCUAGCGAUAUAUCGGCGAACAAUGUGGUGGCUGUUAUCGGGUACACGGUGUCGGGGAUGGAGCGGCCAACAUCAAAAUCUCGCAUCAUCGGAAAUUCGAUUGAAACCGACGGGCCGAUUGGCGAAUGCCGGGGCAGGGAUGCGUGUCAACGCCAUCGAGCCCCUCGUAUAAGAUUACCGCCCGGUCAAACUACGGUGAUUGUGUUCCCUGGUAAAUUUCGAAUUCCAGCGAAUUCGUCGGGUGUUUGUUUACGGGCACGCCGGUGGACCUCGGCGUGUAACGCGAACCGGAACUCGAUCGCUCGCGGCGAGAAUACGAGAACGCCUGGGCGUCCUGUUCGAUGGGAAAGUUCGUUUCCAUUUUCUUUUUCUUUUUAAACAGUCCUCGUGUCGCGUUUGCAAUAAAUGACGCGGUCGUGUCGGAAUCGGCUGGCUACUUGAGCGGGAAGACUCGUAUAAAAUGGUAAAACGAGAAGUGAUUGCAGCAUAAGAGGCUCUAAACACAAAAAAAUGA